AUGGAAAGAAGAAAUGAGGCAUUCCAGAAACUCAAACCAAUUUGCAUCGCUCUCAGCCAGUCAACCCUAGCCUUUGCGGGCAACCACAAGAACGUCGACAACAUCAUCCAAAAUCUCGAAAAGUUAUCGAAAACACUAGAAGAAAUUACUACACGACCUGAUACUUUCGAUCACAAAUUGGCCGAUUAUGUCUUCUUUCCCAUCUCACAGGUUCUCAAAGCGAGUCGAGAUCUUCCAGUUCAUGCCAUGGAAGCAUGUUUACGAUGUCUCGUGAUUCUCAUUUCGAAAGGCUGGACGACAAAGAUCGACUCGAAUCUGAGCGGCCAGCUAUUGAUCUUCUUGACGCUUACUUGUGAUACUUCCGGAAAGACGGUACCUACAGGGCUUGCUACGGAUGAGCUUCGCGCAGUUGGAUUUCAGUGCAUGCAGGCGCUAUUCCACUCUCUUGCGGCAACAACCGAAGGGAAGACUUCUCUUGUUGGAGCUGCAAAUGUCCCAUCUCUGGGACAUGCUGUGUCAGUGAUUCUUGAGGGCAUUGUUGACGGAGAGUCUUUUCACGUUCAGCUAUCAGCAGCGAAUGCUCUGAAAGCUCUAGUUGCGUGCAUAGAUGAUCUGGAAGUGUUGUCCAGCUUUCUACCUGGUAUUGUGUCAUCGUGGACCAAGGCUCUAACCCCAAGCACGAAAACUCGUCGACACUGGAGAGUUCUUGUAGCUGGAUUGCAGACCAUCGAAUCACUCCUCAAAACACUCCUCGUCGACAGGGUGGUUGAACAGCUAUCAUCAUCAACAGCAGAGAAGACAGCUUCGAGCAGAUCAAACACCACAAAAUUGGAUGGCAGCUGGGUGAAAGCGACAGCAGCACAGUUGAAGGUUGCAAUAGCAAACAUUGACAGAUUACGUACGCACGAACGUCCAGAAGUACAGGAAGGCGUUCUAGAGCUCAACUUGACACUCCUCUCUGAAUGCGGCGGGGCACUAGCAGAUUCUUGUGCUUUGGCAGCAGAAACUAUCUUGUUACUCAUGCAAGCAGAUUCAAAUGCUUCCUACAGAGACAAGAUUGCGACUUUGGCCCAAAACAGUCCAGCAAUCUCUGACCUUUUGUCAACGGUAUUUCGAAACGAACAGCUAUCCUUGGUACGAAUCAUGCAGUCGAAUGAUGAUCUCGCCAAAGAGCGAUCACUCGGCAAGUUAUUUGGCGCAUAUACAAUACUGGCUGGCACAGAGGUUGAUAUGUCAAUGAUCUCAAGGAUGCUUGGGAGCGGUCUCAAAGACAGUGUGACAACAAUCCUGCAACAUUCUGUCGAUUCCGAAGCAAAGAAUUCUCGAGUCACACCUGUGACUAUCUCCGACCUCUCAAUUCAGACGAGCCAGAAGUCACUGACAUUUACUUCACCGCUAGCCGAAUACAAGUCUCAGGAAACGAUACUGAACUACAUAAGUCAGAUGCUCAAGACUCUGAAAGGCGCACAUCCCUCUCUCGGACUCGCUUCAGACCUCAUGCUGGCGUUGAGAACGUCAGAAAAGACCAGUCAGGUUGCAACCUUCUGGCUUAUCUUACAGGAUCUUCAGAACAACACAGAUGAAGUUGAUGGCUUCAUGAACGACAUGCUGAUCGGCGAUCUGUACUCCAAAGACCAGUCCCUAUCAUUGCGGGAACAGCUAUAUUCCUUCUCCUUGGAAGUGCUUGAGAACGACGAAUCCACAGACUGGCGACUCCAAAGUCUGGCUCUUGAAGCCGUCGCACUGCAUGCACAACGACAUGGCGUCGAGUUCAGGGGCGAGCUUGUAGAGGCACUGUACCCUAUCCUCCACCACCUUGGCUCGGAAUCAGGCUAUGUCCGCAACCACGCAAUGACAUGUCUAAACAUCGUUGCAGACGCAUGCGAAUUCUCUGAUGCAGGCGAGCUCAUCGUAUCUAAUGUCGACUACCUCGUCAAUGCUGUGGCGCUGAAGCUCAAUGCCUUUGAUGUAUCACCACAAGGCCCACAGGUUUUGCUCAUGAUGGUACGACUAGCUGGCCCAUCACUACUGCCCUAUCUGGAAGAUACUUUAGAAAGCAUCUUUGCUGCAUUGGAGGAUUAUCAUGGCUAUACUACUUUGGUCGAACUUUUGUUCGCUGUUCUUCGGACCAUGGCUGAAGAGGGAGUCAAAUCACCCAUGCUCUCUAUAACCAACGGAACAGAGGCACCGAAGAAAGAUCCCAGUAGAUGGAAGCCCGCUGAUCUCAAGGAACUCAUCGAAGUCAUCAAGAACCUCUCUCAGAAGUCAGAUGAUGCUCUGAAUAUCCCAACGCGUCUCCUUGAUCCUGAGGACGACACAACCGACGACCAACUCGACGAGCCAGAAACAGAAGAGUCCACACCACCAGCCCCCAAAACCUACAACCUUCUCCUCAAAAUCACCCAACUAACCCAACACUAUCUCUCCUCGUCCUCACCCUCCUUACGCACCUCUCUAUUCUCUCUCCUCAACACCACAAUCCCCAGUCUCGCCAAACACGAAAACUCGUUCUUGCCACUCGUCAACACAUUGUGGCCAGAAGUUACUUCAAGGCUGUUUGACGAAGAGGCGUAUAUCGUGAGUGGCAGUUUGAACAUUAUUGCUGUUAUAUGCGAACAUGCAGGCAGUUUUAUGCGGACAAGGAUCGAGUCUUUGUGGCCUGAAUUGGUUUCUUUGCAAAAGAAGUUGUGGAAGGAGAUUAAUGCUGCUGCUUCCUCGCAGCAACAGCAGAGGAAAGUUUCUCAUCAACAGAUUGCUACACAAAGUCUGGAAAAAUUGGGAGGAUAUGUGGAUACAUCGACAAUUUCGCAGGUGAAAAGUCUGCAAGGGUUGCUGGUUGCUAUUGUAAAAUUCGUCGAGGUGGAUGCCGAGAGAUUUGAUGAUGUGUUGAGAAUGUUGGGGCCUGUGAGCCAGUUGUCUGACGAUGUGAGGAAGAGUUUGGAAGAGUUUAAUGGCGAUGCGGUCUGGUUGGCGAUGUAUAGGGAUAAGCCGUGGCCGUUGAAGACACCUACAGGCUCGAGGUUUGUGUUUGCUAAGGCUUAG